UCACGUGUCUCUCUUUACUUCCUCCAUUACUCCUCUACCUGCACAACAACAGCCUGUAAGUUCUCCUGUUUUAGGCAUGGGUACUUAAUGCUCUUGUGUCUCUCUUUACUUCCUCCAUUACACCUCUAUCUGCACAACAACAGCCUGUAAGCUCUCUUGUUUUAGGCAUGAGUACUUAAUGUGUCUCUCUUUACUUGCUCUAUGACACCACUACAUAUACAACAACAGGGAUUUGUGAGUUCUCUUGCUUUAGGCAUGAACACCUAAUACUCAUGUGUCUCUCUUUACUUCCUCCAUUACACCUCUACCUGCACAACAACAGCCUAGACUGGAAGGUAAAAAAGAAGUAAAUUCUGUUCAUCGUUUCAAAGGCUCUGGCUACCAUUUCCAAGUGAACUUCCAGUGCAUUCUCCAGUCGAGGACAGUUCUCUGACUGAAACUGAAAUGAAGCUUGUGGCCAAGGAGAUAGAAAAUGAUUUAUCCGAUGUUGUUGAAGAAAUGGAGAUGCAAUAUACACUCAAAAAAGUUGCAAGGGCCCCGAAGAGGAGCAGGGAGCCAGCAUAUGCUGUCGUCUCCGAUUUUGUUGAGGGUGAAGGUGGUACUCGUUAUGAACUUGCUCAACUGUUAGAUAAUGCCGGCUUUGAUGAGCUAUCAAGGAAACUAUUUAAAGGCCAGUUAAUUCAAGGCAGUCAACAAAGUGCUGGUCCGUUAAGAGAUACUCCCACUCUACAACAAACUUAUGGAUUUUCCAAUGCUAGAUGGUAGUAAAAUUAACAUUCUUACACGAAUUGGUGUUCACUACAAUGUUUUUGGACCAUUCCUGCUAAAUGAUAAUGAUGGAUCCGUAACGGAUGCCCUGAAGGAAACAUGGAUGAGAGAUUCGCAUGCAAUCAACCAAGAAAUUUCGAAGCAGUGGUUGCAAGGUAAAGGGAAAUGGCCGGUAACAUGGGCCACCUUUCUCAGUGUAUUGAAAAAUAUGGAUAUGAAAGCCCUUGCCUUUGAUAUUGAGUCAUCUCUCCGGAGUUUGUCCCUCUGGGGCAAAUCGUCCCCCCAGGGGCGAUACUAAUUAUUCUUCAAACAGUGUACAUAACUGGCUGUCUUUUGUGUUUAGUUAGCUUCAAGGUAUAUAACAACUGUCCUCAUAUUAAUCGUUAAAUAUGUAAUUUAAUGUUUUGUAAUCCAGCUUUUUUGAGUUCCAUGUGUUUGUGCCUAGCAUGUUAGCCAAAUCUUAACUGAAGAAAAAUAAAGUACUUUCCCCCACAUCUCAACUGAAGAAUAAUAAAAUCCUUUCCCACACGAUUCCCAUUGAAAUAUUGCAUUGAGCUUCAUGUUCCUAGACAAUUCCAGUCUGUUGGAAAACGUGCAACAACUUAAUGAAAAUUGCUCUGAAUAACUGGAAAUGUGUAGCUACUAAAAGCAUUCAACCAUCAAACUGUUUUAUCACUUCUUGAACAAAGGUAGCUCCAAAGUUACUUUUACUUCCUCUUUUUGACAUACUAGAACAAAUGCCACACAUUUUUACGACCUUGAGCGAGCAGUUCAACAUAUUGGAAUGAAAUUCAAUUUUUCACAUUACACCAUCAGUACCUAUCAAAUGUGUAGCUACCAUAUAUCAUCUCACAAGAAACUGUUAUUGCUGAACAAAGCCACCUCAAGAAAAUAAGCUACGUCAAGUAGCUCAAAAGUUACUUGUUUACUUACUAUGGUGUGCGCAUCUUACCACCAACACUGUAUUAUACUGAACAGCCUAUGAUUCAGUAUUGAAAAGUGUUACGUGUAAUGUCCCCUGAACCAAGCUGCAUCAAUGAAUUAAGAAGCAACACUCAGAUACCUCAAAGUUACUUCUGCUUUUCAAACUUUACCUUGGUGUGGAUGUGUCUUAAUACACUAUUGGUAUAGAGCUGUGUCAAUGUUAAAAUGUGUAUCAUCUACAUUAACCUUUUCAAAGAUGACACCUGUACGAAAACUGACUGUAUGUUAGCUAGACUAUGGAAAUCUUCCCCUCCCUAAUCACAUUUUUAUCAACCUUUCACUAGCAAUCCCAUCGCCAUCAAUAGAUUUUCUCUACAACUUGUGACAGACGUAACAAAUUAGUUGCCACUAAUAAUUUAUUCUGCCCUUUUCAAGUCAUGACUACUAAUAGUCUAAUCCUGACACACUUCUAAAUACCUUAUUGCUUGAGAGGAGAGAGAGCGUUUGUGCUGUGUAAUGAAGUGAACUGAAAAUUUUAAUCUUGCUCACCCCAUCUACUCUGUGAUUGUGGAAUACUGGCUAAUAAUAGCGCUCCAGGAAACAAUGAAUAACUAAGAAUACCCAUUUCAAACUUGAUUUGUCACAAUGCAUCACUGUCACUGUGCUAAAACAUUUUCUGCUCUAUUAGUGACUCAAAACAAAAUGAUAUUAUUUCCCUCCAAAGAAGUAAAAUCACUUCUUCAUUGAAGCAAAAUAGCUGAUGGUGAGCAUGUGCUUCAGUGAAACGCACUUACAAUCAUUAGCAACAGUAGUAAUAGCUGGCAAGGUCUCGUUGUAAAAUAUCUGUGUAACAAUGGAUCAAUCAGCUCGUAUUACUAACAUGAUCUCUAGCAAAACACACUGUGGGUGUUCAACACAGAUUUUUCACCAAAACCUCCCCUAUCACAUCGUACUAGUCAACAGUGAAACCAUUAUUCUGAAAAAGAAUUGAUAUACCUCUCUAAUCUUAACUUUUGCUGACAUGCCUUAGAAGACAUUGCCUUUUAGUGACCAACAUGGGUGUGUGUAAAAUCUAUCCCCUCUCCUAUAAAUGCACCUGCCCCUGAACAAACACUCAAUUUGUGAUCCUUUGCUAAACAGUCGAAGGCGUAAAAAGGAACUGACUUUUAUGAUUAUGCUGCUGAUAAUUGUACUAUCACAAAACUGCCUAGUCCAUAGUCAUGAACUGUACAAAAAUCGCUCUCUCUUUCAUCAGGUUAAAAAUGCCUCCAUUGCUCUCCUAUGGAUUUCAGAACAAACUGAAGGCAAUUGCCUUGUCAUACACUGAUUAUCAUAAUUUGAUGAUUAUCGCUCUACAACCUUAAUGACAAGUAGCUACUGUACAAACACCCAUUUCAAAUCUUAUCCCUUUCUUUUCAAGAAAUGAUAAGCCACCCGGCUAUGAACAAGUGAAAGACGAGCAACACUUGCCUCAAAUCUAUCAACUGUUUGUUUGAAACUGUUAAUAUCUAGUUGCCAAACAGCAUUAUUAAUCAAUACAAAGUCAUCGAAAUGGCACAUACAAGUGACUAUGUUGGAUUCAACUCUUUUCCCAAUAUCAACGUGCUUCAUCCCAUAACUUCUACAACAACUGACUACAAAGAACCAUCUACUCUGCCCCUGCAUCCCCCAAUUGGCUUUAAACUGUGCUGAACUCUAACUAAGAACAGUAACCACACAGAACCGAACAAACCUAUCAUAAAAAGAGAUUAUACCUUUGUUAACAAUUAGUCGUCUUCACUUCAAGCCUCCCUUGAAGCAGAAUAAUAAUUAUUAUACAAGUGACUGUGUGCUAUGUAUUGAAGUCUGUUGUUUGAUCCACAACUGCUACACCAACUGUACAAAGAACUAGCUGCUCUGACGAUAUUGAACUGUUAACUGUAGAGCACACAAAACUGAUCAAUUCUGUCAUGAAAAGGAUGGACAAUCAAUUAUGGAGUUGAAAAUGAGUCAUCGUGUUUCAUUGAUAAGCAUCCUUCCUUCUUAUGAACAAAUGGACAAAGAAUAAUAAAAUCCUUUCCCACACAAUUUCCCAUUGAAAUAUUGUAUUGAGCUUCAUGUUCCUUUAUUGCUGAACAAACCUACCUCAAGAAAAUAGUUACUGAACAAAGCUACAUACAUCAACUAGCUGAAAAGUUACUUGGGCAUUGUUUACUUACUAUGGUGUGUGCAUCAUCUUCAUAUAUCAUCUUCUUGCAGAGAAUAAUUGUCAAACUACCAAGUCAUUGAAGCAGAAUAGUAUACAAGUGACUGUGUGCUAUGUAUUGAAGUCUGUUCUUUGAUCCACAACUGCUACACCAACUGUACAAAGAACUAGCUGCUCUGACGAUAUUGAACUGU